AUGGCCAACCCCACGGCAAGUGAGGACCUCUACUCCUCACUUCGCUCCUCCCUCAUGGAACGCGCGCGCGACAAAGAGUCCACCAUCAGUAACCGAGCCAUUGUCGCGCUCUCAAAACUCGCUGGCUCCGAGGAUGUGAUCAAACUCGAAGAGGGCGAGCAGACCAUCAUGGACAUGCUCAUUGACUGCCUCACCUACGAUGCUGCUCCCGACGUGCGUCGCUCAGCGCUGCUCACCUUCCCCUUACCGCUCACCUUCCCCUUAACCCCCGCGACACUCCCGCCGAUCUUGGCCCGCACGCGCGACACAGACCCCGUCGUCCGCAAGCUCGUCUAA